GAUGAAUUUGAUCGGAAUUUGCAAAAAAUAACAAUAUUUUAUGCCAAUUCAUCAUCACUCCCAAUUCGGUCAAAGAGUCGCGAGGUCUCCAAUUCCCGUAUUUGUCGUCUUCUCCAUUUUCUCAGUGUCACGCACAGUGAAUCGAUUACGAAAUUCGCUUUAUUUAUGGUGAGAAGCACUGAGAGCAGCAGCAAUUAGCCCAGCCCCAAUUUUCUUCGUCAAAAUCCCGUCUUCCCCAGAACCCAGAGAAGAGAGCUCACACAGAGUGGUCUCUCAGUCUCAUCCGUGCCCUCAGGAGCUCCAAUUUUCGCAGAUUAGUGCUCUUUAACUAAAGUUCACAAAUGGGGAGUGUGGAGGAUCCUAUCUUUGAAGAUGAUACAGAUAUAAGUGACACAGAAAUGGAUGAGGAUGAAGAAGAAUAUUAUGAAGAUCUGAAGAAUGGAAAACACAAUGUGAGAAGCUCAGAUGGGACAUAUAUUUGCCCCUUCUGCCCAAAGAAGAGGCUCCAACAUGCCUCUGGGGUGGAAAAGAGUAAUUCAGAAAAGAGAAGCGCAGAAGAAAAGGCCAAACACUCAGCUUUAGCGAAAUAUUUGGAAAAAGAUCUAGCAACUGAAGGUGGUCCAUCUAAACCUGUGGGUGAGGAAGACCCCCCAGUUGAUUGUGACCAUGAUGAAAAGUUAGUGUGGCCUUGGACAGGGGUAGUGGUUAAUAUUCCAACCAGACGGGCAGAUGAUGGGAGAUAUGUAGGAGAAAGUGGAUCCAAACUGAGAGAUGAUUUAAUAAGGAGAGGGUUCAAUCCCACAAGGGUUCACCCUCUAUGGAAUUUUCGGGGUCACUCAGGAAGUGCCGUUGUGGAAUUUAGGAAAGAUUGGCCUGGCUAUGUUAAUGCCAUGUCAUUUGAGAGGGCUUAUGAGGCAGAUCGUCAUGGGAAAAAGGACUGGGGUGCUAAUGGUGACCAAAAAUCUGGUCUUUAUGCUUGGGUUGCUCGUGCAGAGGACUAUAAAGCUACCAAUAUUGUUGGAGAACACCUCCGUAAGAUUGGAGACCUUAAAACAAUUUCUGAAAUUAUGGAGGAAGAAGCCAGGAAGCAGGAUAAGCUUGUAUUUAAUCUUAACAAUAUCAUUCAGGGCAAGAACAAAGACAUGGAAGAGAUGGAGCUAAAAUGUAGUGAAACUACAAACUCCAUUGAGAGCGUAAUCACAGAGAAAGAAAAGCUCGUUCAAGGUUAUAAUGAAGAUAUAAAAAAGAUACAAAUGAGUGCGCGGGAUCACUUUCAGAGGAUUUUUAGCGACCACGAAAAACUUAAGUUACAAUUGGAAACUCAGAAGAUAGGGCUAGAGACACGCAUAGAAGAAAUGGAGAAGCGUGCGGUGGCUAACGAAAGUGAAAGUAGGAAGCUCGCCGAUGAAAUUGAAAAGAAUUCGGCAAAAAAUAGUUCUCUGCAAUUGGCUUCUAUGGAGCAACUGAAGGCUAAUGAAAAUUUAUUGAAACUGGCUGAAGAUCAGAAGAGGCAAAAGGAGGAGCUCCACAGUAAAAUAAUUAAACUGGAAAAGCAACUGGAUACAAAGCAAACUCUUGAAUUGGAAAUUGAGCAACUUAGAGGGAACUUAAAUGUUGUAAGGCGCAUGGGGGAUGAUGGGGAUGUUGAAGUGCUGGAAAAGGUGGACACAAUGCUCAAAGACUUGAGAGAAAAGGAAGAAACAUUUGAAGACUUAGAAGCUUUAAAUCAAACUCUAAUUGUAAAGGAGCGUAAGAGCAAUGAUGAGCUGCAGGAAGCUCGUAAGGAAUUGGUUAAUGGCUUGAAGGAAAUAUCAAAUCGUGCUCAUAUUGGUGUUAAGAGAAUGGGUGAGCUUGACAGUAAACCCUUCCAAGAAGCAAUGAAGAGAAAGUAUAAUGAGGAAGAAGCAGAAGAGAAAGCCACAGAGCUGUGCUCAUUGUGGGAAGAAUACCUGAAGGACCCAGACUGGCAUCCUUUCAGAGUUACUACAGUCGAUGGGCAACAUAAGGAAUUCAUAAAUGAACAAGAUGAAAAAUUGAAAGAUUUGAAGAAACAACUGGGGGAUGAGGUGUAUAAUGCUGUAACAUCAGCUUUAAAGGAGAUAAAUGAAUACAACCCUAGUGGGAGGUAUAUAACUUCUGAACUGUGGAACUAUGCUGAGGGACGAAGGGCUUCACUGCAAGAAGGAGUUGACUUUAUUCUGAAGCAAUGGAAAAUAAAGAAACAGCGGAUGGAAGAUUGAAGUUGUGUAUGGCCAGCUUGGUGGAUCUUCCCAAGUCUCAACGCAGGACGGCGGUUACUAGCCUUAUUAUGUCCGUUCCUGGGGUCUUGCCGAAUAAGUGGUUAAUCUGAAGGAGGACUCUCUACCUUUAGAUGUAUUCAUUUGCUUUGUUCAUCAACUUUGAUCUUUAAUAAGACACUAUUUACUAGUGUAGGAGAGGUAACUUAGUCCACAUGGACACUACCCAACUUCUUCUUCAAACUCUCAGAGAAGGGAAACCAUUUCCAACUAUCGACAUUUGACUGUGCUUGUAUCAUUAGUAUUUGACAAUGUAUAACAGUAUUGCGAGCUUUUCAGUUCCAUUUAUCUAUCCAUUACUACUUGACUUU